AUGGUAGUAGCUACACUCGAUAUUACCGAAAUGAAGUUCUCCGCGUUGCGAACUGAUAUAGAAGCCGCUCUUCAAGAACAAAAGCAAAUCGCCCUAGGAGGCAAAUACGAUGUCAUGGCCGGCGAAAUAGACGACAUGCCCUACAUAGACUCGCUGCAGAAGGAUAUCCUGGACGCCCUAAUGAAGUUCCACGCUCUAAACUGCACGGGAAAAUGGAACGAUGUGUAA